AUGGAGCUCCGCGCGGUCUCGUCGCGCGCGUCGACGUCGCGAACCCGCGCGGGAUGGUCGGCGCCCACGCCUCGAGCGGCUCGAACGACGUGUCGUCGACGCACCGUCGCGGACGCGACACGGGAAGAUGAAGAAGCGCGCCGGCGGCCGGCUCGACAUUACGUCAACCUGAAGAACGGCGUCGAGGCCUUACCGUUCAUCCGUGACGUCAUGCACGUUCGACGGUACGAUUACUGCCGAAUUCAAAGCUCCCUGCUCGAGGCGGGGCACGUCGAGCGCGUGAUCACGGAGCUGGACUCGAGUUUGUUGUUGGACCUCGCGCUCGGCCGCGCGUGCUUCGUGUGGGAUUACGGAAGCCGCGACGUGGUCAAGGGAAAGGGGAAUCCGCGAGCGCUGUGGUACGGGUUGGAAUUUGUGCGGUACGCGCUGCGAAAGGAGUGGUUCCCGGGGACGGAGGUGGCGGAGAAGGCGAUCGCGGUGACGCGCGGGAAACGCGUGGACCAAGACUUUGACCGAAAACUCACAAUGUUGGAUCGAUCGACCAAGCGGAAGAUUCGGUACUAUCGACAGUUCAUCCCAGAGAGCGUGAGUGAUGUGCGGUUGAUCGGGGUGUACAGGGCCACGACGCACGACGAUGACACGGAGUUUUAUCGCUCGGUGUUGCACGCGAAUGAGUUGACGAACGAGUUGUUCACCUCGGACGCACCGCCGUCACCGAGGUACGAGGCGGAAACGAUCGAGGCAAUCGAACGCUUGGGUAAGGGUGAGUUUAAUUUGUACUUCAGCGGCGCCGAGGAGCCCGCGUGGUUGAAUCAGAAGGCGCGUUGA